AUGGAAACGGCUUUAAUGAAAAAGACUCUGAGCAAACACAAUAAAACACUGCCCAAUGCUGGAAAAGUCCUUGCUAAUAUCUCCACCAGCUCGUCUUUAAGACAGGCUUCAAAAUCCACUGUUUCAGAUCCAUCCAUGCUCUUGUCAGGAGUGGGUUUAAAUUCUACCCUUAAAACAAGUGCUGGGAAGAAGAGGCCGGGGACUGUGGUGGUAUCAAAACGAUCAAGUACUGGUGGCAUGUCUCAGGAUCAGUUGGAUCGGCCCGUUAUUCCCCCGAGAAGACCUGGCUUCAGGAUCUGCCAUAUCUGUGGCAAAGAGUUUGGGUCACAAUCUCUUCCUAUCCACGAGCCAAAAUGCCUGGAGAAGUGGCAGAUAGAAAACGAUAAGCUGCCCAAACAUCUCAGAAGACCACCGCCCGUUAAACCUCAGGCUCUUCCUGGAGGAUCUCUGGGUACGAUGGCUGAAAACGCAGCAGCUGCUCAAAGUUACAAGCUCCUACCCUGUGAACACUGUGGCCGUACUUUUCUUCCAGAUCGUCUUGCUGUACACCAAAAGAGUUGUAAACCAAAAGCUAGUUCAGGUCCUUCAAGCUACAGCUCCUCUAAAUCACAGAGAUCCACUGGGCCUGCAUCUUCCACCUCAGACAAGGUAAAUUAGAAGGCAUCACACCUACGAAAAAAGCAAAAUUGUUUCCUGUGCAAAUUCCACCUUGGCAUUCCAGUGCCGUUGAAGUUAAUGGUAAAACCUUCACUAUUGACUUCAAUCAAGCUAGGAGAUCAUUUCAGGGACUAUAAAUGAGUGAGUAGCCUUAAACAAGCCUAAGGUGAUGCCAGGGUCACUUUCCAUGUUCUGAAUAAGUUAUCAGCAGAAAUGCAGAUUUCAUAGUAAGCACAUUGCUUGUAUAAGAAAAACAUCACAACCAUGGUUUUUGUAGUGAUGGUAGCAGUGAUUUAAUUAACAUGAAGUUCAGUGUUUAUAUAAAUCAUAUUAGACAUUUUUGGUUUCUAAAAUGCUAUAGAUAACGACGGAACGAUGUUCAAGUUUAAGGUUGGUGGCUUAACUCAAGUUUAUGACGCAGCACAAAUAUAGGCAAGCAGAUGGCACAGAUUUUCCACUGAAACUCAUGUAGAAACCAUAAUUAAAACAAAAAAGCACUUAGAGCCAUACCAACAUAUAAUUCUGCUUGUGAAAGGACCCAUGAAAUCCUUUUCAUAUAUUCUGAAUGUUGGUUUAAUGGAUGUGGACAGAUGCUUGCAGUUCUCGUCCUACGGAGUUUGCAAGGAAUCCUUCACCUCAGCUUGCCCUCUAAUUGUGAUUUAUUUAUGGGAAUUCGGGGGAUAAAAUAUAUUUGUCAAGCAGCCGAUAUGAAUAAAAAGGCUGUGAGCAUCUGCUAAGUGCUAUAAAUUCAAAGAAUCCAUCCCCUUGGAGUACAGGUUUUUACUUUGCAUCUCUCUGAGGUUGAAUUAACAUGUGCCAAGUCGAACAGCAUUAGAUACUUUUGUGGGAGUUACUCAUUUGUACACAAAUAGUGUACAAAUGGACAUUACAUGAAGGACACUGCUGAGUGAAUUCAAGAAGGUACCUCAACAUCGUUUGUUGCUUGGCUUUCUAGUCAGAAAGAAGUUGUAAUUCUUCUUGUCGUGAGCCAAGGCAGAGAGGACUAAACUCUGGCCAUGUUCUCCGUAGCAACAAUUCAUGAUGUAUUGUUAUGUUUCAUAUAUUCCUGGUCUUCUCUUUGUGGUUAUUAGCCACUUUUAUAACAAAAAAGGUCAGUUCUAUAUGAAAGGAGAAAUGGGAAGGAAUAUGAAAGAAAAAGCAAAAAAAUAAUCUGAGUGAUAUGAUAUCCUAUAAUUUUAAAUCUGAAAGUGACGAAGAAGAAAAUUGGAUUCAGAUAUUAACCAACUCCCCCAUUUUUAAUUGCUGUAACCUUCCUUCCAAAAAUGGCCCAAGAAUCUACAGAGAAUUCACAGCUAUCUAUUAAUUACUGGCAAUUCUUUAUGUAAUUAGGGGGCAAUCGCCAACCAGAUGAGGGCACAGAACUACAUUCAGAGUCCGUUUCUUCCACCCACCCACCCAUCUUGGUGCAUGCGUUCAUAUAAAGUUCAUGUAGUAGCAACAUCCUAGCAUAUAGUUGUUUAAUUUAUUUGUUUAUAAUAACUAUUUUUUAAUGUUAGCUUUUUAAAGUAUGGCAGGUUUAAAAAGGAGUUUGAGGGCUUUUGGGAGGGGAUCCUAAACAAAAGACUUACUGAAGUAUUUCACUGUAGGCAUACUAUUGAAUUAUGGUGUAUAACAAUAAGAAUUUGUCUCCCUUGGCAUUUUCUUGCAAUACUUGCAUUUCCUUUGUUUCUUUUCUCUGAACCUUCUCAUGGGAUUAGCAUCUUCAUUGAAGUCAGCCAGACAAAACAUUUGGGAAGGUGGCACAGCUAUAUUAUAAAUCUGAACCAACUUCAAACCAGUUUAAAUGUCACGGCUUCCCAUUAGAGGAUUCAGGGAAUUGUUGUGCUGCGAAGGAACUUGGUAUGCCCUCAAAAACCGAUAGCUUCCUUUGUGUGUCAAUCGAGUUUGCAUUUGAAGUAUAGAAUGCUGGAGAAAGGGAAAGACACUUACAACCAAGCUCUCUUGAGCCAUACUUAGCCAAGUUGUUGAAGAACACGCUCUAUUCAUCUAUGGAGGUAUAAGAUUGAUAGGCGUGAAAACAGGUCAGUGGAAACUGCCGUUGGCCUUCCUCUACAAAGUUGGACUGAAGGGGACAAAAAAUUAGAAGGGAAAGAUAGUGGUAGCAUAGAGAUAGAAGGGAAUUGGGGCUAGUGAAGAUCCUGGUUUGAGUUGAACAGAAAACAUUGGGUAUGUCUUCGCACAUACACAUUUCCAUCCCAUAAAGAGCAGGACUGAAGAGAUGGCAGACCAUAACUUCCACAAUGUAUUUGGAACGCUUGUUCUGAAGGACUCUCUAAAAGGUCUGGUCAUAAGAAUAAUCAUUGCUGUUCCCCUCAAUUAAGCAGGGCACAGUGCCCAUAGCAGGACAAUAAAUUUGUCCCAUUGCAUUGUUAUGCUAGACCUCAUUUUCUUCUGAUUCCCUCACCAAGUGUUUCCUGAAUUGUAGAGUCAAGCCAGUUUGCCUGUAAUGGGUUUGUUAGGCCAAAGUUGUUAUUUUGUAAUCCAAUUGGUAAUGGAAUGAAUGGGCUCAUUUGGAUUAACUAAGCCUGAUUAUAUCUUCAGUAAACAGCCUAAGCCUCAUAGACUUUGGCUGUGCUGGUCAGUUUUGAUAGCCCUGUUCUCAAAUCCGGCUUACUGCUGGAAUGGAAAUGUAAACAACCCUUAGACAGAUAGUCUCACAAUCCAGUUCCACGCUGCAAAGAAAGGGGGCACAGUUAUUUUGUAGGGCAUAUUUCUCCAUUUCCUGCAUAAAUCACAAUUGCAUGCUUUUGAUGUCUUUUUCAUUGCUCUCUUUGUCAAUUUAUGGUAAAAAUUUCAUUCUGAAAUUUCAUUGGUUGUAUCUUGACUAUCUGGUGCUGCCAUCUGCUGUCUUUUCCCUGUUCUAUGCCUGUUUCCAAAAUAAAAGCAUAUUUUGGCCUGUAGUCUUUUCUCUGUCACUGCACAGAACCAAAGGUCCAAAUCUUUUUCUACUUCAGUCUUUGCCAACCUGGUGCCUUCCAGAUGUUUUGGACUACAACACCCAAUGGCCAUUUGUUGGCCAAAACAUCUGGAGGGCAAAGGUUGACAAAGUCUGUUCUAUGCUGUCAUUAGAAGUUGAGCCACUGGAUCCAUGUUUUCCCAAAAUGUGAGGAGUGGGGGGGGGGGGCAGAAUUUUGAACCCUCUGUGCUUCCUAUCCUUAUCUCUGCACUUAAUUUCCAGCAUUAGGUAAAGGUAAAGGGACCCCUGACCAUUAGGUCCAGUCGUGGCCGACUCUGGGGUUGCGGAGCUCAUUUCGCUUUAUUGGCCGAGGGAGCCGGCGUACAGCUUCUGGGUCAUGUAGCCAGCAUGACUAAGCCGCUUCUGGCAAACCAGAGCAGCACACAGAAACGCCGUUUACCUUUCUGCCGGAGCAGUACCUAUUUAUCUACUUGCACUUUGACGUGCUUUCGAACUGCUAGGUUGGCAGGAGCAGGGACUGAGCAACGGGAGCUCACCCCGUCAUGGGGAUUCGAACCGCCAACCUUCUGAUCGGCAAGUCCUAGGCUCUGUGGUUUAACCUACAGCGCCACCCGCUUCCCAAUUUCCAGCAUUAUUUCAUUGUAAAAACCUUUCAUCAGGAGAAAAAUAGUGUUGCGCACCACUCCGGUCCUUUGGAAUGAGGGACAGUGGAGACUGUGGUGUCUCUAUGAUAUAUGGUUUCUUUACUCGUAUAUACAACCUGAGCCUAUGAUGGAGGGAUUCACAACAUUAACACACCAAGAGGGCCUUGGAUUCCAACAGAAAUCAGGCAUGGCUCUCGCUCCUUGGCUUUGCAGCCUGCUCCUUCCUUCCAGCUUCUAGCUCACAUCACUCAGCUCCCAACUCUUUGUCUUUCUAAUGAACAGACAGUUGAGGGAGGGAGACAUACCCCUGUGUCUUCUGGCACAGAGCCACCUCCUUUGUUACCUCAACGACCCAUACUUAUGCCAAUAGUCCAGCUGUUCCAGGAACUGAAUCCAUGCUGGAUGCAGGAAUUAGAAGGGGCCCAGGCAUACAGCCUACCAACACCCACCCACCCCCCAAAAAUCUCAUCACAAUAGCUUUUGUGGUCAUUCCAUCCAAUAUGUCCAAAAUAAGAAAACAAUUUUAAGGGCAUGCUUGGCCUGGUUACAGUGGGAGGCAAGUUUAAUUAUGUUUGCUUCUGUGUGUCAAAGAAAGGCGAGGCAAUUGUGGUAUAACAUGCAAAGCCGGGGGGGGGGAGAGAUUCAGCAGUCAACGGAAAAUCUUUUUUUCACAUCAUGUACCGUAUUGUUCCAUCUCUUUCCUCUUUGUCUCUGCCAGAAGUGACAGGAAUCAGGGGGUGGGGAUAGCAACAUCAAGAGGAAGACUGGGGCCUGGAAGCUCUGGGGUUUGGCAGUGGGGCACCUUGGAAGAUGCCAAUGCCUGACAGAAAUGCCAACUCCAUGUGCUACCAAUGGUUUAAACCAUGCCUUAUUGGGGUAGUAAAGGUAAAGGUAAAGGGACCCCUGACCAUUAGGUCCAGUCGUGGCCAACUCUGGGGUUGCGGCGCUCAUCUCGCUUUAUUGGCCGAGGAGCCAGCAUACAGCUUCUGGGUCAUGUGGCCAGCAUGACUAAGCCCCUUCUGGCAAACCAGAGCAGCACACGGAAACACUGUUUACCUUUCCGCCGGAGCAGUACCUAUUUAUCUACUUGCACUUUGACGGGCUUUCGAACUGCUAGGUUGGCAGGAGCAGGGACUGAGCAAUGGGAGCUCACCCCGUCAUGGGGAUUCGAACCGCCGACCUUCUGAUCGGCAAGUCCUAGGCUCUGUGGUUUAACCCACAGCGCCACCUGCGUCCCUCUAUCGUUGUAGUAGCAUAUACAAAUUAUCGAAACCGAGACUGAGAAAUGAAUAAACUCUCCCAUUCUCCUUCUACUGAAAGGGAAACUUCCAGCCCAUCACAUUUUCUUCAGUUUUCUCUAGUUUUCCCAUUCUGCCCUGGCCCCUAAAGGUUGGGAAUUCCUGUAGAAGAAGAACUCGUGCCUUGCAUUUAUAAGAUUCCAAACUGGCUCUCAAAAUCUCAGCUAAAGGCUCUUUCGUACUUACACUAAGAAAGAUCACAUAAGUAAGCCCCUCAAGAAUUGUUUCCAGUCGCAAUUGUGGGUACUUGUCUAUGUAGACCAUGGUCCAGCUUAGUAGAAGUCAUUCAUCAUACUCACCAAGUGCUCUGGGAAAAACGGGACACCCCAUUUUUUCAUGUGAGAUCAUGGCGGCCAUUUUGGGUGCCACACUUAUGCACCGCGGUCUCUCACCACAAAAAAAGUACUUUUUUCUGGGGCAAGAUCAUAGCACAGGUCACAUGACUCUCCCGGAAGACACACAUCCUCGUUUUUUAUUUGAAAAAGUUGGGCGGUAUGUCAUUUAUCAUACUGUAUAAACAAGCACCCUCUACAAACCAUUAUCCAGAAACAAACUACACCUUUCUGUUUGUUUGUUUUUUUUGCAAUAACCCAAGAAGCUAAGUCCCUUUCUUACCAACAUUAUCUUGAAGUUUGCCUGCCAUCUCCAAAGUAAAUUUCAAAGGACCAUUUGUUCCUAAAGAGCCCAUUUGAAAGCUCUUAAUAGUAACCAAUUCAAAACUAAAUAUAGUAACAGGUGUGAAUUUUCUGCCAGGAAUUCACAACUGAAUCCAUAUUUUUCAGGCACAUUAUUAAAAUGUGUUAUAAAGCAUAAACACCCUUCAUCUCCAUCCUCCACUUUGUCAGCGGGAUUCUUUCCAGCAGCACAGACUGCUUGGGUUUUAAAUGAUUUUCUAAAAUCAAUUGCCUUUCUUUUAACUGAGCUUGUUGUCCACAGCCUGCAUUUAUACGGCGACCCCCAACCGUUAUUUGCUACAUUUGCGGCCGAGAGUAUGGAACUCAAUCCAUAAGCAUCCAUGAACCACAAUGUCUGAAAAAAUGGCACAUUGAGAAUGAUCAGCUGCCAAAACACUUAAGACGACCCGAACCCAAGAAGCCAGAGGUCGUAUCCAUAGGAGGUAAGUUACCAUCUCGAAAGAUAAACACAGAGACAGCAGGAGAAGGGGCAGCAUAAACAGCCGUGAAAACCUUGCACAUUAAUUUUUACUUUAACUGAUCAAAGCUAUGCCAUUUACCUGGUUUCAAGUCUUCUCUCAAUUAACAAAAUCAAUGGGAUUUAUAGUGUAGAAGUCAGUGUCUCGCUAUUACAAGUUUCUGUCUGCGUUUGCAUAUCAGCUUGCCAGCCGGAAUCAGGGGUGUCAAUAUUUUUUUAAGGGGUGCACACCAUUUGAAUGGCAAUGUCCAUCAAUCUUGGGGAAGCCCAGCCCCCCCAAAUAUUUUAUUGAGGGGGGGCCAAAGAGACCUUGGCACCUUGGAUGGCUCCUAUGGCUGGAACAAUUCCCCCUCCCACUGCAUGCUGUUCUGGGGGUGCUCCCCCAAAACACCGCCCGCAGCCACUUUUGGGGGAUGAGUGGGGAAGCCCCAUGAUGCAACUGGAAGCCCUUGCACAGUGCUUCUGCUGGCAGGGGUUGUGAGGUGGAUCCCGGCCUAUAUUGCCAAAGGCCUGUUAAUUAUACUCAUUCACAUGUUAGCAUAACGCUUGGAGGCACUAAAUUCUGUGGCACGUGGUCUUCCAUCAAUAGAAGUGCCAUCAGGAAGCACGUGAGAGCAGAAGUUUGGGAUCUGUUCAGAAGGGGCCCCAAACGCAACAGGACUGGACUGGCUAAGGCAACGGAUUGAAGGGAGCUUAACCACAUCGCCAUCAAAAGAGCACGCACCCCCUGCCACCAGACAGUUAUGUCUAGGGACUAAAAUUACCCAAGUGCACCUCUGCCCAGCACAGACCUUGAAAAGGUAGCUGAUAACAUCACCUCUGGAGAGGGUUUACAUUGAAUUGGUAUAAGCUUAAAAAACGUAACAGUGUGCUGUAGGAAUUGCUCCUUCCGGUAAUAAUGACUUUCCAGAGGCUUAGAGAGCCAGUGUGGUGUAGUGGUUAAGAGUGGUAGUCUCGUAAUCUGGUGAACCGGGUUCACAUCUCUGCUCCUCCACAUGCAGCUGCUGGGUGACCUUGGGCUAGUCACACUUCUUUGAAGUCUCUCAGCCCCACUCACCUCACAGAGUGUUUGUUGUGGGGGAGGAAGGCAAAGGAGAAUGUUAGCCGAUUUGAGACUCCUUUGGGUAGUGAUAAAGCGGGAUAUCAAAACCAAACUCUUCUUCUUCUCUUCUUAGAAGCACUGCUUUUUUCGGGGGGGGGGGGGAGGUGCUGGUACUCACCAACAAGCAAGAAAAUGGGCCAGAACAUGGGGGAGGGACAUGGCCUGACAUCAAGGCUGGGCAGUGAGGAUGGGUUAGCUGCUUGAUGUUCCCUCACCCACCCACUAAUAAUAAUAAUAAUAAUAAUAAUAAUAAUAUUUUAUUUGUACCCCGCCCAUCUGGCUGGGUUUCCCCAGCCACUCUGGGCUGCUCCUGACAGAAUAUUAAAAUACAGAAUAUUAAAAACAUGAUAAAACAUCAAACAUUAAAAACAUCACUAAACAGGGCUGCCUUCAGAUGUCUUCUAAAAGUCAGAUAGUUGUUUAUUUCCUUGACAUCUGAUGGGAGGACGUUCCACAGGGCAGGCGCCACUACCGAGAAGGCCCUCUGCCUGGUUCCCAGUAGCUUCACUUCUCGCAGUGAGGGAACCGCCAGAAGGUCUUCGGAGCUGGACCUCAGUGUCCGGGCCAAACGAUGGGGGUGGAGACACUCUUAGUGAGCUGAGCGUUGCCGCCCAGGUGAAGAGGCCUCUGCUGCCCGGGUUUGGGAAGGAAGCAGCAGGCCUCCAGGACUCUCUCAGAGCAUUGUGCCUCCUCCUCCAAGCCCAGAAAGCAUUUGGCUAGCUUAGUAAAGGAGGCGCGAUGCUCUGAAAGGGUCCAAGAGCCCUUCCACCUUCUUCCUCCCUCUCCCAAAAUGGUGGCAGUGCUGUGUACCAUUGUGUACCCUUCAGAAAAAAAGCACUGCUUAGAAUUGGAUGGUUUUCGACUUUCCUCAUUCUAGCAUUUGGAAGAGGAACACCUAGAAUUUAAAUUCAACAGAGUAUAUAAUCAUUGAUGGAUGUAAUAGUGGAUAAUUGAUUUUAAUGGUUAUAGUAAAAUAUGCAGGGAUGUAAGAUAUGUAAAAUGAAGCAUGGAAAGAGAAGAAGGGAAGUCAUUGGAUAUUUUAAAGUUUGUAAAAUGUUUAUUUGAAAUUGUAAAGCAGAAAAGUUAAUAAAAGUUAUUAUUAACAAAAGUAAAAGAGGAACAUCUAGAUAACUAGAUGUUGGACUCAGCUACAUUGGACUGCAAGAAGAUCAAACCUAUCCAUUCUGAAGGAAAUCAGCCCUGAGUGCUCACUGGAAGGACAGAUCCUGAAGCUGAGGCUCCAAUACUUUGGCCACCUCAUGAGAAGAGAAGACUCCCUGGUAAAGACCCUGAUGUUGGGAAAGAUGGAGGGCACAAGGAGAAGGGGACGACAGAGGACGAGAUGGUUGGACAGUGUUCUCGAAGCUACCAGCAUGAGUUUGACCAAACUGCAGGAGGCAGUGGAAGACAGGAAUGCCUGGCGUGCUCUGGUCCAUGGGGUCACGAAGAGUCGGACACAACUAAACACCUAAACAACAACAUUGGCAAAGAGAAAUCGCUUUAUACACGUUGUUUAUGCAUUCUAACUCUGUGGCACCAGAUGGCGCUGUGGAGUUCCGUUUUUGCCAACCCAAUUUCUCAUACAAAAUUUGCAACGCGUUUAACUGAAAUGCUUCUUUGAUGUGAAUCUAGAUCCAGCCUUUCAAGCCUUCAUAUGGAUCAGGGACGCCGGAACAAUGUUGCCAAGCCACAAGCUGUUUUUCUAAUAUUUGCAUUGCCCCACACUGUUCGAAAGCCACUCGAUCAUCUGGCUGCACAUUUGUAACAUCCUUCGCUUACCAGUACAUUCAGUGGGUGCUUCUCCCACAGCAGGAAUACCUUUUUAAAUGAAAAGCAGAGCAAACCAAAAUGAUACUUUAAAAUGUAAGCAUGUUUCCCAUGAUUACUGUGAUUAACGCCAAAACAAUGAAAACUGCAGAGGUAUCCGAAACUUUGGAGAACUAAGUAACAAAAUCUUAGACAGGUUUUACAAUUGUACCAUCCACCCAGUCCCGCAAGGCCUUUGAAUACGAGUGAAAAUCUGUGGCAGAUUCCACUCUUACAUAUCAAAAGCCAACCAUGGGUUUGUCCUGGGAUUCCAUCUUAGCUGGGAUCCCCCUGAAACUCUAUGAACUGCCUUAUAUAAACUGGUUGCUAUUUUAAAAAUGCUUUGCAACGAUCACAGGGAGCCCGUUCUCUCUAUCAGCUACAACUACCAUCAACCCCAGUCAGCGGACAGAGUUUUUAAAGUGGAGGAAAGUGACCAGCAAAGAAAGGGUUAAGCCUCCCCGUCUCCAUCAUAAAGCACUUUCCCCCCAAAGUAUAUAUAUAUUUUGCAAUGGAGAAGUAGCCGUCAGGCUAAUGUGGCUGCAAUGUAAUGUGCAGUUUGGCCCUGAAUGUUCCAAAGUAUAUAGCGAACACAUUCAUUUCCUGCAAAUGAGAAGAAUACUUGCUUCAGCCAAAAAAGGAACUCCAGUUGGUGAAAAGGAAUAUUAGGAACAGACGCAUUAAGAGAUCUAAGGCUUACUCUCAUAUGAAGCAUUGAAUGUGAAUCACAUUACAGCUCUCGGGGUUCUUAUGGAAAAAUCUGUAUUUUUACUUGUCAUAUAAACAAUGGAGUCGUGUGUGUGUGUGUGUGUGUGUGUGUGUUUUAAAAGUACUAGUUUUAAACAGAUUUGGGCUCAGCCACUUGCAUGCAAAAUAUAGAUAAAACUUUCCAGGGCUUUUUUUCCCCCCAGCCGGAGCUCAGUUUCGGCACCUCUCAGGUGGGCACUGUUGCCAUUGUAAUAAAACAAAGGAGGUGUUCCUAGUGAGCUCUGGCACCUCUUUUUCUAGAAAAAUAGCACAGGUUGCUCCCUAAAGUACCAUACCUUUUGGCAAAGGAAAACUAUUCUCUGUUUCAAAUAAAACUCUAUAAUUUUUUCACUAUGCACUGCCAAGGAGGAUUAUACCGUAAGGUGUGGAAGCUGUUGGUGUGAACUUAUACAGUUGCUGUACAACCUCAGUUCGAGGUAGCUUGGUGAAAAGAGGCUUGAGACCCAUUUUAAGGCAAAAAGAGAAAGCAGGGGUUUGGAUGCAAAUUAGCCCAUUUGAAAUGCCCCAAAUCUCUCGCCAAAAAUUGCAGAUACUGCUCCAGCUGCAAUAGUUGGACGACAGGGGGUGGGGUGAAAAUGGACUUAAAUUGAGAUUUUUGCCUGUCUGGGUCUUUGUGUGAGCUCCCCUCGAAGUUACAGCUUUGAAAAAUGAAACAAAAUUGGAUCACUGACCCUAAGAACAGCACUGGGAGGGCAUAAUGAAGUAUAUAGAACACUCUGUGCUUUUCUCUUCCCUCUCUUCGGUCAGUUCCCAUUGGCUCAUUAGGCAGCAUUUGUAAGAAGGCCAAGUGGUGAAACUCACUGAUAUUUAAGUGUAGGAAAAUGUGUUAAUAAUUAGUUAAGAAUGUGUAACACAGCACAUGCUGAAAUGCUUUCUCCGUACAUGCAAGAUGAUUCAGUUUGUAGUUAACUUUAUUUGACCCCUGAGACAAUAAGCAGAGUUUUGGUGGGUUUUCGCUCUCAUAAGGACUGUGAUUUAGUUAAAACUGAAAGGCUCAGUCAACAGGUAUUUCCUGAAAAUAUUUUCCAUGCAAGUGGAGUAUGGCUCUCCAGAAUGAAAACUGAUAUUUUCUCUUCUUAAUUUUCCAGCCAAAGGUUACUAUGAUCUGGAUGCUUUAAACGAGUCUGCCUGGCAAAGUGCCCAGGCCCAGCUAGUUCCAUGCAAUAUUUGUGGUCGUACCUUCCUGCCAGACAGGCUGAUCGUUCACCAGCGCUCAUGUAAGUCGAAGACACCGAAAUAA